AUGAAGGCAAACAUUCUACAAAAUAUAACGCUGCCAAACGAAGAUUCCGAUAUUGAAGUAACAAAUGGCAGUUUCAGUAAAGUAUUACCUAUAGGUACAAUAAGAUGUAUUAUUAUAUCGGAAAAUAAUACAUCCGAUGUAAAGCCAUCAACAUCAGGCGUUUUAAGGUCUACACACUCUUGUAACUCAACACCAGCAUCAAGAGGCAAUAAUAUAAAAGUUCUUAAACAGGAGGUAUUUAGUCAUAUACCAUCAUCAGAUGAAGAAGAAGAAGACAUUCGCGAAGUAUCUACACUUAAAGAAACCUUCCGUGAAGAGCGGGAUUUAAUAGUAGAAAAAACCACGAGGGAAUAUUUAACAAAACUUCAUACAUUUAUCAAAGAACGUCGAAUUGACAGUCCUUUUGAUGACUCAGAUGUUGACCCAGAUUACAACCCUGCAGAAAACAGCAGAAAAUCUGUAAAACAAAAGAAAACAUUUUUUGAACCCACUUCUACUCUUAGUUCAGAGAAAUUCCGAGAUGGUGUUCAACAAGCACUUGGUAAGCAAGUUGAUUUGUAUCCGAAUGCUAUGAAAAAUCUAUACACUCAUUACGGCCAAGAUAUCAAUGAAACCAACGCGAAGCCGACGCGAAAAAGGAAGAAGGAAUCCGACAGAAGAAGAGAAGCAGAUAAGAAAAGGGAAGUAGAAAAGAAAAAAAGAGAAGAAGAAAAGAAAAAAGAGGAAACAAAGAAAACCAAAUCAGAGGAAAAAGAAGAAGAAAAGAAAAAGGCCGAAGAAGAGAAGAAGAAAAAAGAAGAUAAAAUUAAAAAGAACAAGGAGGACGCAAAGCGGAUUACCCAAUCUGUCAAGCCAGUCCUCCUAAAGAAGACUAACUCUGGGGCCAGCUCGAGCAGCUCGGCACCCACAGAAGAAAACGGCCAAAACCCGACCCCUCAAGGAACAAGCUCGAGCAGCUUGACUUCCGAGACAGGCGACAGCAAGAAGACAGACGACAGGAUGGAAACGGAUGAAGAUACCACUCCUGAAGGAAACAACGAUGGUUUCACCCUCGUGGAAAGAAAGAAGAGGAAAAACCCAGGAAACGAGUCGGACAGCGAAAGCGAAGAUAUACAGAACCGCAAAAGAACUGACACAAAAGUGGUUCCCGAAGAAAACUCCGAAAAAACAAAGGACACCAGCAAACCCAAACCACCACCAAUAAUUUUAGCAAGGGCAGGUAGAUGGUUCCAGUUGAGACUGGGACUCAGAGAUCGGGAGAUCCGCUACUUGUCCACCGUUUAUAGAAACGGUGAGCUAAAAAUCUGGCCCGAAACAGAAGAAGACUACAGAAGAAUGCAAAAGUACUUUAUAGAAAUGGAGGACAAAUUCCACUGUUUCACUCUUAAAGAAGACAAACCAUACAAGGCAGUCAUCAGGGGUAUCCCCGAGGAUACUGACCUCAGCAUAAUAAAAGAAGAGUUGGUUGCCCAAGGACUAAACCCAAUAAAAGACACAAAUAGGAAACUAGUGAAGCAGGUUGAAAACCUAAAUAAUCAAGUGGCAAACUUGACGUUACAAGUAGCUACUCUCCUGUCUCUCCUAGGAGACUACAAGAACAACAAAAACAAAGAGGAAAAUCCAGCCGAGGACUUCAUUACCGAGGCAAUGGCCACAGACCUCCCAAAUUCCGACGAUGAAUUUACGGAAGUAAAAUCUCGAAACACCCGUAAACGGGGAAGAAAGACGACGGCAAGUGGCGCUGGAAAUACCUCGUCAGAGGAAGAUGACCCCGCAGGCAGCAACUUAACUCCCAGGACCGGAUCAAAAAGUCGCAGAUGCAAAUCUCCGACUUUUUCACCGGCCAGGGAUGAAAGUAUUGUUGUGAAGGAUACGGUCAGUCUGGGUGCGAGUAAGGGGUUCAAUCUGCCGGUAAACGGUAGAGCCUCCGAGGCAUUCAAACUCCCGCUAUCUAACACAACAAAGCCGACGGCGAAGUCUCCGAGAGAGGAUUUCCCACCGCUACCCACGCCGAAAAAACCGAUUAUGACACAAAUACCAAUUAGGACAACGGCACCGCCUACACAAGCACCUGGUGGUUCCAAAUCAGUGGAGGCAAAAGCCAAUGCGAACGCUACGGGAAGUGAUGAACCCCGUAACCUCGCGGCCGAGCCGAAACAGAUAAAGAUCCCACCGGUGGUAGUGGAAAGCGGGGCCAAAGACUGGCCGAAGAUUAGGCGCGGCCUAGUAGAAAGGGGUAUCCCUUUUACUAAAGCCGCUACGCGAAAUGAAGAAUUAAAAAUCUGGCCAGCAACCUCCGACGCAUACAGGGCUUCAACGAAGUACCUAGAUGAAAUAAAAGCCAAAUACCAUACGUAUCGGCUUGAGGAUGAGAAAUGCCAUAAAGCGGUCCUCCGUGGACUCCCGAAGGAAACGGACAUAAAAUAUAUUAUCGAGGAUCUUGAAAACCAGGGCUUAAAACCUCUGAGAGUGCAGAGAAUGACUGCAAGACGGGACAGGCAACCACUGCCCCUGAAGGACCACCUGGGAGUCGUCAACCAACUAAAAAUUGAUAAGUCAAAAAAAAAAAUUAAAGACACCAUGGAUCUGCUGAGAAACAGCGAGGACGCAAGGGCAAGGGCCCUGAAAGAUAAGGCAAAAGCGGAGGCCGAAUCUGAAAAACAAAAAAAUGAAAUUAAUAGACUAACAUAA